AUGUCUAUCCUUUCACGCGUCUCCGACCGUCGCCCAGACCUCUCCUUGGUCAGCGAGGAGGACUUUCCCUACGAACAAGACAUCGUCCGUAACCCCGGCAGCACGAAGCCAUGGCUUGCCUAUAUCGAGUACAAGCUUCAGAAAGGGACGGUUCAGGAGCAGGCAUAUAUCAUGGAGCGCGCCUGUGUGCAGCUUCCUCGAUCCUAUAAGCUUUGGAAGAUGUACCUCCGGUUCAGGACGAAGCACGUUUCGAAGCUCAAUGCCGCGAUCUUUGCCACGGAGUACCAAAAGGUCAACAGCCUCUUUGAGCGGGCACUCAUUCUCCUCAACAAGAUGCCUAGGAUAUGGGAGAUGUACCUCAAGUUUCUGAUGCAGCAGCCGCUCGUGACACACACCCGACGCACCUUCGAUCGGGCCCUUCGCGCUCUCCCCAUUACGCAACACAACAGGAUAUGGGCUCUGUAUCGACCCUUCGCCAACUCGGCCGAAGGCGAGACGGCGGUCAAGAUCUGGCGCAGGUACAUGCAGGUUCACCCAGAGGAUGCCGAGGACUUCAUCGAGUUAUUGGUAGCAGUGGGGCUAUAUACGGAAGCCGUGCACAAGUACAUUGAAAUUCUCAACAACCCGCGGUUUACGAGCAAGAACAGCAAGGGACACUACGAACUGUGGAGCGAAAUGGUAGAUUUGUUGGUCGAGCAUGCGACGGCGGUGGAGACGGGGCAUGAGACGGGAAUCGACGUUGAACGGAUCAUCCGCAGUGGCAUUGAGCGGUUUGCCGACCAGAGGGGCAAGCUGUGGUGCGGCUUGGCGACCUAUUGGAUCCGACGAGGCAGCUUUGAACGCGCACGAGACGUUUUCGAGGAGGGUAUCACAACCGUCAUGACCGUUCGCGACUUCACCCUCGUCUUCGAUUCGUACACGGAGUUUGAGGAGUCCAUCAUUAGCGCUCUGAUGGAGAUGGCAUCGACCCGGGCUGAGAAGGGAGAGGUAGACGAGGUGGCUGAUUUCGAUUUGGAUAUCCGAAUGAUGCGGUUCGAGCAUCUGAUGGACCGCCGGCCCUUCCUCUUGAAUGAUGUCUUACUCAGGCAGAACCCGAACAAUGUCACGGAAUGGGAGAAGCGUGUAGCUCUAUGGGGCGACAACAAGGAGGAAGUUGUCAAGACGUACCUUGAUGCUAUCGAAGCCAUCCAACCAAAGAAGGCAGUGGGUGCGCUUCACCAGCUAUGGACCAAUUACGCCAAAUUCUACGAGGCCGGAGGAGACCUUUCAAGUGCCCGAAGAAUCAUGGAGAAGGCCGUCAAGGUUCCUUACAAGUCCGUGGCAGAGUUGGCAGACAUGUGGAUCGAGUGGGCAGAGAUGGAGCUUCGAAACAAGUGCUUCGACGAGGCCAUGAAAGUCAUGGCAAAGGCAGUACAGGCGCCCAAAAGGUCCACGGUGGACUAUUUCGACGAAACCCUAUCACCACAACAAAGAGUUCAUAAGAGCUGGAAGCUGUGGAGUUUCUACGUCGACCUCGUGGAAAGUGUCAGCUCGCUGGACGAGACCCGCAAGGUGUACGAGAGGAUAUUCGAGCUUCGCAUCGCCACUCCCCAAACAGUAGUCAACUACGCCAACCUGCUGGAGGAGCACAAGUACUUUGAAGAGUCGUUCAAGAUCUACGAGCGCGGUCUCGAUCUCUUCAGCUACCCCGUGGCCUUCGAACUCUGGAACCUGUACCUCACCAAAGCCGUCGACCGCAAGAUCAGUAUCGAGCGCCUCCGCGAUCUCUUUGAGCAAGCCGUCGAGGAUUGCCCACCCAAAUUCGCCAAGGUCAUCUAUCUCAUGUACGGCAACCUCGAGGAGGAGCGCGGCCUCGCGCGCCACGCCAUGCGCAUCUACGAGCGGGCCACGCGCGCCGUCGCCGACGAGGACCGGGCCGACAUGUUCAACUUCUACAUCACCAAGUCGGCGUCCAACUUCGGCCUGCCCUCGACGCGGCCCAUCUACGAGCGCGCCAUUGCGGCCUUACCCGACGCCGAGGCCCGCGACAUGUGCCUCAAGUUCGCCGACAUGGAGAAGCGGCUGGGCGAGAUCGAUCGCGCCCGUGCCAUCUACGGUCACGCCUCGCAGUUCUGCGACCCGCGCACCAACCCUGGCUUCUGGACCAAGUGGGAUCAGUUCGAGGUGCAACAUGGCAACGAGGACACCUACAAGGAGAUGCUCCGCAUCAAGAGAAGCGUGCAGGCGCAGUACAACACGGAUGUCAACUUCAUUGCUUCGCAGGCGCUGGCGAGGAGUCAGCAGAAGAGGAUGGAGGAGGAGGCAGCAGGAAAUGGAGGAGGAGAGAUGGACGCCGAGGUUGCGGAUGCGAUGGCGCAGCUGGAGAGACAGGCGCGCGCGCCCGUGGGCUUUGUGGCGGCUUCGGAAGGACCGAAGGGCGGUAGCAUGCCGGUUCAGCCUGUUGAGGUUCAUAACCCGGAUGCUAUCGAUCUUGAUGAAAUGGAUGAAUGA